AUGGCGGAAUCCAACUCGUACGAGGAGCAGCGCCGGAGGCAGAUUGAGGAGAACCGCCGGAAGCUGGAGGAGCUCCGCCUGCACCACCUCUCCGCCGCCGUCCGCGAGGCCGCCGCCAGGCCCAAGCCCAACCCCAACCCCAGGCCGAAGCCCAAGGCCCCGCCCCCCGGCGAGCUCCGGCGGUCCGGCCGCGUCGCCAGCCUCCCGGAGCAGCCCAACUACCUCGCGGGCGCAAAGCAGCGCGACUACCAGGGACUGUACGCCAAUGAAGUUUGGAAAGGGGCAACCGACGAGGAGAAGGCCACCGCCUCCGCCAAGGCCGAGGAUCUCCAGCGCCAGAUUCACCAGAUCCGCUGGCCCGCCUUCGUCAAGCCCAUCACCCACGCCUGCGCCAGCAGGGCAAACUUUAUGACAAUCCCGAAGCAGUUCACCGAGUACCUCCCGGCGCACGAUGAGCCAGUCGUCGUGGUGGAUGAGGCGGAUGACGAGUCCCACAUGAUGUACAAUGCCAGCAGACAGGGCAGACACUGCUACCUCAGCAAGGGGUGGAGAGAGUUUGCCGUCGACUAUGACCUUGAAAAUGGCGAUUGCUUGGUUUUUCAGCUGAUAGAGAGCGCAAAGUUCAAGGUCUACAUUUUUAGAGCAACCCCAGACUAUGAAAGCGACCAAACUUCCGAGGACUCUGAGGAUGAACAGAAGUGA